UGAUGGGGAUGACGUGUGAUGUAUAUCACAAUGUCAUAGGAUCUAUGCAUGUUAAGAAUGGUAAUAGAUAGUGAGAAUGGGAGAUCUCUGACAUUGGUAUAAGUACCUGAAUGUUGUCAAUGCGGAAUACAGAGGAAUCAACAGGAGACUGCAAUCAUAGGACAUGAGGCCAUAUAUAUGGAGCUUAGACUGUGGUGUAAGCCCAUCACCUGUUAUUUCCUAAACACUUCUCAACCGAGUUUAUUGAUUUCUACAGAGUUUUUCCUCCCUACUUGCCAAUUGUUACUGCAUAACAAUACAGCAAGCAUUGAUUGUGAAGCAGAGGAUGAUUCCGUUAUAGUUAAGAUGGCUGUCGGUUAGUUUUCUCUGUGGUCUUCUGACUCUGGAUGAAGUAGUGCUUCAAGCUGCCUGAAGCUGGAGAUGGGAAGUCACCUUUGCUGAUGCAUUGGACACUGAUUGCUUCAGAAAAUGCACAUCGCUGAUACACCAUAUUGUAGUUGAUAGAAGAAUGGUUUACUUUUGAAAACCUCAUCAAUUUAAUUUCAUAAUCUGUGGUAUAUAGCUAGAUCAACAAUUCUAUGUGUAUUCUUCAGUUAUAAAAAUCCAAGUUGCCAUGGCUUUUGAUGAAUUCACCCAGUUCAUAGGAAGCUUCAUCAGCUCCUUGCGUCCAAACAAGGAUGAAACCGUUGCGGAUCCUUCUGAGAAAGAGAGUAUGUUGAAUGAAGCGGAUAGGGAACAAUCGAGUAGACAUGAUGAUGAUCGUGAUGGUGGUGAUGGUGAUAUUAGAGAACGCAUGCUGUCUCAGAAGCAUCCGUAUUCCAGUGAACACGGUGUUGACUAUGAUGACACAGGGAUAGAUACCCCAGAAGGUGCAGAAGACCUUGAGACUAUCCAGGAAGGACAAGUCCUGCACCUUCCACCAUCUCCCCUAUAUAACACUGACAGCGAACAUUGCUUGAGCGAAGGGACGUCAUACUCUGACCUCAGCGACAUCACCAGUUCUAAAAGUCUUCCCGUGACCAGACGGAUUAGUGAUGACCAUCGGUAUAAGCUCCUACCUAGGAGUGGCUCAGAAAUUCUUAAUGUUGCAACGAGAGACAAAAACCACCAGAGAAAGAUUAAGCUUACUCAACAUUAUUCACCCAGAGGUUAUUAUGGUGUGAGAGCAGAGGAUGCAGAACAAGGUGACAUAUCGAUAGGUCAAGAAGGCCAUGAUGAUCCUGUGCAAUCAGAGAUGGUGGAUGAUCUGCCUCUGGUUGGAUCAGAAGAUGACGAUGAUAUAGUUGUAGAGAAUGUCCAGCCAGCUGAUGCGGGUCCCUCCAUUGGUGAACUUGAAAUUGCUUUCCAGUACAACGGUGAAGCAAGGCGUAUGAAUGUCACCAUCAUCAAGUGCCAUAACCUACCAACCAAGGACGAAGGUGGAGCUUCCAGCUUCAGGCUACGCCUUCUGCUGCUUCCAAGCAAACGCCAAAGGGCUAAGACCCACAUCAGAGAGACUCAGGAGCCUCUCUUUAAAGAGUUGUUCAGGUUCUCUCGGAUCUUCCCUCAUGAGGUUGUGAGCACUGCUCUGAGGUGCAGACUGUAUGGCUGUGAGAGGAUGAGGAAGGAGAAGCUAAUUGGAGAGAGCAUCAUCAAGUUCUCAUCGCUAAACAUUGGGACCAAGCAAAUCAUCAAAGUCAGAAUCGACCCUCGCAGUGAUGUGAGCAAGGAUGGCUCCUCUCCAUACUCCAGUACCUCAGAUCUGUCCGACUCCAACAGUUCAUCUUCUCUGCAGUCAAUGAGUCAGGGUAGUGUACCCGAGAUCUUGAUAGGUCUAGCUUACAAUGCCACCACUGGGCGGCUGGAUGUAGAGGUUAUCAAGGGAAGCCACUUCAAGCAGAAAGCUGCUGGUAGAGCACCAGAUUCCUUUGUGAAGGUUGCUCUAAUGUCAUCCAGUGGCUUUGAGAUCUCCAAGAGUAAGACUUCUGUCAGGAGAAGCCAGUCUAGUCCAACAUUUAAGGAGACAUUCUUUUUCCAGGUUGCACAGUUUCAGCUUCCUGAGAUGACCCUACUCUUCACGGCGUUCAACAAGAAAGGAGUGAAGCGAAAGGAAACCAUUGGUUGGUUCUCAAUGGGUCUGAGUAACAGCAGCGAAGAAGAGAUCGGCCAUUGGAAUGAGAUGAGAGAAUCAAAGGGUCACCAGGUCUGUCGAUGGCAUGCAUUAUUGGAAUCAUAAAGGAUUAAACCAUAGAGUACUUCCUUAGACAAAUACCCUUUAUCUCUCCUUCCGAUCUUGUACCUGAUUAACACCAGCACAAGGGUUUGCUGAUGAGAUUAUCAAACAUGUACUCCCUUCUACUAUCAAGAUUGUACAGCUGUGCAGAAUCAGUGUCGGUAACGGCGUGUUUCGACAAGGAAGCAAAAUCAGUAUGCUACCCGGUCACACAAAGCUUCGUGACUGAUCGUAAGAAUGAUAUAAAUGAUUGCUUGCAUUAGUCAUAUGUUAUCAGUCGUACAUAUCGAUGGUAUGAUCAAUUGCUAAGCUUUGUGUCAAAGGGCUUAGGAGUUUAAAAAAUGCCCCUGAGAAAAAGCAAAUCUAGUGAAUAGUGCAGGGGAGGGUUGUUUCUGCUCAACUUUUAUUGGCUCCAGGCUACUCUGCAUGCACAGACUAAUAUUUGACAAACUGUAACCAAUUAUACAUGUCUAGAAUAAAGACUAGAUGCCAAACACAGAGGCAGCAAUAUUAGAUAGUGAGUCUAGUCUCAUUACAUCAGACUGUGCAUUAUGCACUAAGUGAAUAGUGAAAACCAAAGGUCUGUGCUUGCAGACUAGUACCAGGCAUGGUUGGUCUAUCUAUCCUUUGAACAAUAUUUGUGGAUGGCGUAGGUAUGUCCUCAAGUAUUACAUCAUUUUGAUCUUUUUCGUGAGCUGUGUUGCAUUUAUGCUUUCAAUGAGAAACAUUUGAAGCACACAUUCAUUUACAGUGUUAUAGAUCAAAUAUUGUAUGGAAAUGAAAAGGAUGCAACUUUGCUUUGAACGAUUAAACUGCAUUUUAAAAUGUCAAUUCUGCCCCUACAAAAGUUGAGCAUGAAUGAAUGAAUGAAACCCAAGGUUUGACUAGUGCCCACAAGUAUCAUAUCUAGAUUAUUUUUGAAUUAUUGGAAUAACCACAUGAUACUGGGUUUAUUAAGUUUAUUUAAUGUUAUCAUUUGUUUACUUAUAGAGCUUUGAUAUUCACAAAUAAGAUUGUUGUCUGUUGGAUGACAUAUAUGCCAGUGGUUUUAAAUGAUUUUUACCUCCAUUAAUUGAACAUUAGCCUCCAGGCUAAUGUUCAAUUAAUGUUGCUGUUCAGAUUGUGAAUCAAGUGCUCUCAAAUUCUAUUAGAUGAAUUUAAUGUUUCUUAAUCAU